AAUGCAUAUUGUUUGUCCUUCCCCAGGACCAGCUAAAGCCUGCAUUUACAGUGGCCAGCCUCCCGGGCACCACCAGUACCCACGCACUUACGGCACCCACCACAUCCACCACCAUGCAGGUUAGCAGCGGGCCCUCCUUCCCCAUCACCAACUACCUGGCUCCCAUCUCCGCUAGCAGCAACGUCAACGGCACAGUCCUCAAGACCACCGGUGUCUCCGGAGGGCAGGUCAUGCAGCUGCCCAGCGGCUUUACCUUCAUGUCAGCAGGCACUUCUCUCCCUCCCGGCACCCCCACCAUUCCGCUCAGCCAGCUGCACCAGCACACACUGGCCAUCCCGGGACAGCGGGGCCAGAAGCUCACCGCAUCACAACUGACACAGCAGGGCCAGCAGGCCGUCUUCCGAUUCCCCGCUGCAGUCUCCCUAGGGGGAGGGAUGACCCAGCAGCUGCAGGCCAUCCAGGUGCACCCCACCACACACACCAACGACAGCAGCUCGGAGAUCUCCCAGACCUCGACUGUCUCCACUGCGACCAUUGUCACAUCGUCUGUGCCCACGUCCAUGGCGGGGCACAUGAUGUACACCAGCCCCCACACAGUGAUGUACGCGUCCAGCCCCUCGGCCAUGCAGGUGUCCCACGGACAUGGCCAGGACACAGGUGAGACCACGCUUGACUACAGUAGGCUACGCUGGGACACAGGUGCUGUCCCUCAGGUAUUCCUUACGGCACCCUCGGGCACCAUGCAGAUCCCUGUUUCUGCAGUGCAGCUACACCCAGUACGGCAAGACCUACAUUUUACAAAUGGUGAUUGGUCAGCAGUUGAGCAGCAGCAGCAGUAACCUGACAGAGCUGCAGGUGGUCAGCCUGGACACCACCCAGAACACUAAGAACGACUGACAGACACACUGAGGCCCAUGGAAACUGGCCAGACAUCUCUAUUUAUUGAUGCCUUCCAUCAGCAUUUCAUUUUACAGCUCUGUGUGUUGCAUUUACAUUACAAUUCUGUAUGUUUGCACACGUAUGGAAGGGUAUGUGUGUCGCUAAGCUUUGUAUGUGAGUAGAUGUUUGAAAAUACGUAUGUAUUCAUUCACUAAAGCAUAGAAAGGAAUUGAGAUAUUCACUAAAUCCUCCUUUUGGAAUACCUUGUCUAUAGUAUUAUUUUUUUGGGGGGGUGGGGGUCUGUAAUUAUUUGUCAAGUGCACAUGAUGCAUGUGCUGCAGCUCCACACGUCAGCCAAAGAUACAUUUUUGUGUGUGUGUGUGUGUGUGUGUGUGUGUGUGUGUGUGUGUGUGCGCGUGUAAACGUGGGAUUUAUAAAUGGGAAGGGUAUGGUGGCUUUGGGGUUAAAGACAUUUGUAAAUGUACAUAAUUAUUUUUGAAUUGAAUCAAAUUGUAUUUUUUGCCUGUUUGUGUGAUGGCAUAUAGUUGUUUUGUAUAUGCAAGUAAUUUGCAUAUAGAAUAAAUUAAUUAUUUAUACACUAUGUACACCUGCUCUUUCAUGACAUACACUGACCAGGUGAUUCCUAUGAUCCCUUAUUGAUGUCACUUGUUCAAUCCACUCCAAUCAGUGUAGAUGAAGGGGAGGAGACGUGUUAAAGAAGGAUUUUAAGUCUUGAGACAAUUGAGACAUGGAUUGUGUAUGUGUGCCAUUGAGGGUGAAUGACAAAAGAUUUAAGUGCCUUUGAACGGGGUAUGGUAGUAGGUGGCAGGCGCACCAGUUUGUGUUAAGAACUGCUUGGUUUUUCACACGCAACAGUUUUGCGUGUGUUUCAAUAAUAGUCCACCACCCAAAGGACAUCCAGCCAACUUGACCCAACUGUGGGAAGCAUUGGAGUCAACAAGGGCCAACUUCCCUGUCGAAUGCUUUCGACACCAUGUAGAGUCCAUGACCUGAAGAAUUGAGGCUGUUCUGAGGGCGAUUUCUUAUAGUUGGCCAACUAACCUUACAAGAUAAUGUAUUCUGAAGCGUAAAAUAUAUUCUGGUAAAAAUGUAUAGUUUAAUUAUUUAAAUAGAGUUCGCUGGAUAUGCGGAUCCUGCGUUGUGAAAUAUAAGCCAGUUUGUGCCAAACUGACUGACAAGGGUGACAUCUUUCUAGAGUGAAUCACAAUGACCUCUUCACACCUUGCCAGUCACAGUGCUGAAGGACUGCGUCUACUGGUGACUGUAUGGCCAUGUAGGUUACUGAAAGUUAUUUUCGCUAGUCUGGGCAGUUGGUAGCAGGGCACUAGCAAGCUCCUGUUUCAGUUAAGAAUUGGACAGAAUGCCAGGAUAAAACACUGAACUAAAAAGGGUAUUUUCUCCAGGUGUCAGUACUGUAUGAAGGGUUUGUUAGUCUCCUUAUAACCAUACCUGGAUUAAUGUAUUAUAUAUGCUUAAUUAUGCUAGGUGGGAGGGGUUUGCACUUUUGAGACUUAUAUUGGUUCCAUUACAACAGGCAGGCUCAAUCAAGCACAACUUAUGUAUAUGAACCCAGGUCUGAUUAUAACAUGGUUGAUCAAUCAACCAAUAAAUCUAUACAAUGGCAUAUUGCCUCUGAACCAUUUCAACAUGCUAUGCUGGCAUUUUCUUAGGAAUUUACAUUUUACAUUUAACUGUGUUCACGAAGAAUAGUGAGGUUUUAAAGGGUAUUUCAAAAAGUGAGUUAACCCACUACAAGUUUUAAAGACUUAACUUCAUAGUAUUUAUUUGGAGAAAUAAUGGUAUUUGACCCAGUUAGGACCCACUUUACCAAGGUGGAUUGGGGAUAGUAAGAGCACCAUUUUCUUUUUACCAACAGGGCCUCUUUUUCAUAGUUGUGGGUUUACGUUCUCAUGAAGGGAAUUGAAAUGUCUGUUUAUUCUGCAAACCAUCACGCAAGAGCCUUGGACCUUAGCUUUUACUGUACAUUAAACUCAUGUAUUUCUCCCAUCCCAGGAAAUUGUUUCUCCAGUCAGUGGAAUAUUUUUGUGUAUAUAUGGACUGAGCUGACAAUGUAUUGAGCAAGUUCAUGCAAUGCUUUUUUAUUUUUUAUUUGCAAUCAAAGGCCAAGAUUCAAGCCGAUCAUGUUUGUAGACAUUGCGUCUUUUAAAGGCAAUGUUGCGGAGAUCACAUUCAAGAUCAGCCGUUCAGAUUUCGACCGCUCAAUUGGAAAUUCUUUUGUGUCAAGCGCGCCAUAUUGAGGUUUUGGAUGGAAUCCCAGCCAAAGUCUUGUGGGUUAGAAGUUGACACUUGUUAUCUCAGAUUCUUCUAAUGGAUCUCAAAAAAAAAAAAAACGUUUAAAAAGGAGAUGAAUAAAUGGAAGUGCAGUCAUGGUAAAAAUAUAAAAUGGUUAUUUUGUGCAGUUUUGUUUUCGUAUCUAAACGUAACCAUGUAC